CGGGGAGGAGGGCGGGGAGGAAGGCGGGGAGAUGGCUGUGGGAACGUACUUCACUUUGCAUUUACGAACUUCCGCGGGCACCUAUAUCAAAGAAUUUGUCCACGGAGACAUGGGAAGGACCAGGCCGAGCGUGGGCGACCUUUUGGGAGGCCUGGAGGCGGAUCUAUUGGCCUUGGACGUGACGGGCAUCGUGAUGGAGGGCGAGGAGGGGGAACGGGAGGAAGGAAAGGAACAAGAGGAGGAGGCAGGAGGAGGCGUGAAAGGUGCCGAG